CAACAUGGGGUUCGAACUCACAACCUUGAGAUCAAGAGUUGUUUGCUCCACCGCCUGAGUCACCUGGGUGCCCCUAAAGUACCAAUUCUGAAAAGCACGUUUCCCGAAGCUGGACCCUGGUAGGCACUCGACAUUACAGCUAAUGUGACUAUUAUUAUCCAGGUCAGAGAAAGUGUAAGUGUACAUCAAAGUCAGCCUAGAAAGCACACCCCCUGUUUUUCCUUGCUUGGGGGGAGGGGGGUAGUGGGAGAGACGCUGAUACACUAUUUCAGUAACAAAGAUCACGAUGAUCAAGGCUAACAUCAUGCUUUCUGUGGUAAGAGCUUGACGGAUAAUUCUUCACUCAGUCCUCAGCACAGCCUGAUGAGUUAGAUGCUAUCAUUGGUCUCAUUUUACAGAUGAGUAAACUGAGACUCAGAAAGGGAAAGUCUCUUGCCUAGAGGUGCUUGGCUAGCAGAAUCCUUUAUCGGUCUUCAUGUGCCUCUUGCCAUGUGUAAUGAGCUUCUGUCUAGUUUUGGCAUCACCUGGCUAGGAGUCAUUGCCUUCUUCUCCAACAGGAGAAACAGAGGGCUGACAAAGACUCUGUGCUCAACAGUUACACUCAAAGGUUCUGUCCUGGAAGCAGGCAGUCGGGGCGAGUUUGCUGCAGGCUCUGACAAUACUCUGCAGGACCAAGAGGCUGGGGCAAGGCAGAGUGCAGGGGCCGGAGGCGUCCUUCACUGGGGUGGGGGCUUGGGAGGGGACCAUGAAUUAGUGUUCACUGCUCUGCCUGUGUUUAUCCUUUCAAUUGUAAUCAAUAGCAAAUGUGACAAAAUCUAUUCCUGGUGCCACCCAACACUGCUUUCAAAAAUGUGUUUGGACUUGGAUACGUUGUUAUUUUUUCCCAAAAGGCUUUCUUUCCAAAUUAGAUGGUCUUGGCUCUGAAGGUGAUAGCGGACCCAAUCCCAAGUGCACAAGCCAAGAAAGAAUUGCAGCAUCCUCAGAGGAGCCCCUGGUCAGAGCAGAUGGUUGGACAGGGAGGUGAAAGAAAAGAGAGUGGGGCCCCCACUUGGGAGUGGGGUUCUCACAGCGAUGUGACAUGGAGAAGGAAUCUGUGAGGCUUUAAGGGUUCCCGGGGUGAAUGGGAUGGGGACAGGAGGUGGAGGAAACCAUCUCUGUCAUCUUCAUGAGCAGUUUUCCUUUGAGAUGUGAAGGGGUGGGGGGCGCGGAGGGCUGCCCUAGGCAGCUGGAGUGUGGAGAGCUUUCUGGCAAGGCAGCUGAAAGAACCAGGGCAAAGGUGAGAGAAAUCCAAAGGGCAAACCACUGUCCUUUGUGUGGGCCUCAAUUUCCUCAUCGGUGAAAUGGAAAGAUUGGCUAGAAAACACCAUAUGUCCCUUACCAAUAUGGAACUCUACCAGUCCAGAAAAUGACUGGUGAUCCAAGAGCUGACCUGGGAAUUAAUUAUUCAAGUUAUCAAAAGCAUCCAGCACUCUCAGGACUCCACCCUAGAAUUGAGCAAUCUAAUCCACCACUCAACUUCCUCCACUGUGCUCUCUCCACGGCCGCCUUGUCAGUCAGGCACAUCGGUCCUCCUGGACGCAUCCCACAGGUGAAGUCCCAGACUCCUGGUCAAGAUUUAAGUUUGCCUCAAAUAUGGAAAUAGACUGGGAAAACAUCAGCUUGGAAGAUCUCUUCGAUGAUGCGGAAAACUAUAGUUACAUCACUGACAUGCCCGAUAUUCUAUCAGACUCUGCCCCAUGUAGGCCAGAAUCUCUGGAAAUCAACCAAUAUGCCAUAGUGGUCAUCUAUGCCCUGGUUUUCAUGCUGAGCCUGCUGGGAAACUCCUUAGUGAUACUGGUUGUCUUAUACAGUCGGGUCAGCCGCUCUGUCACUGAUGUCUACCUGCUGAACCUGGCUGUAGCCGACUUGCUUUUCGCCCUGACCUUGCCAAUCUGGGCUGCCUCCAAGGCAAAGGGCUGGAUCUUUGGCACAUCCCUGUGCAAGAUGGUCUCACUCCUGAAGGAAAUCAACUUCUACAGCAGCAUUCUGCUGCUAGCCUGCAUCAGCGUGGACCGCUAUCUGGCCAUUGUCCAUGCCACACGCACCCUGACCCAGAAGCGACACUGGGUCAAGUUCAUAUGCUUAGGCAUCUGGGCCCUAUCCCUGAUCCUGUCCCUGCCCAUCUUCAUCUUCCGCAGGGCCGUCAAUCCCCCCUAUUCCAGCCCAGUCUGCUAUGAAGACAUGGGUGCCAAUACAACAAAAUGGCGGAUGGUGAUGAGAGUCCUUCCCCAGACUUUUGGCUUCCUUCUGCCCUUGAUGGUCAUGCUGUUUUGCUAUGGACUCACCCUGCGCACACUGUUUGAGGCCCACAUGGGGCAGAAACACCGGGCCAUGAGGGUCAUCUUUGCUGUUGUGCUCGUCUUCCUGCUCUGCUGGCUCCCCUACAACCUGGUCCUGGUCGCAGACACCCUCAUGAGUUCAACGUAUGGAUGGCCCGCUGAAGAUGCCAAUGGCUGCAUCGUGAAGGUCGAAGCACACCUGGCUCAGGAGCAGGAAGUGCUCCAGAGUCAGCGGCCGCCCCACGCUAACACGGGGAGCCAGCAAACAAGGGACAGCAUAGAAUAG